AUGAUUGAUGCCGUAAAGUUCAAAAAAAAGAAGAAGGAAGUGGACGUAGAAGGUUCAUCUGAAGUGAGAAAGCGAAGAAUGCCCCCAGGUCAUAUUCCUUUCAGAAGGAUUAAAAUUCCAGAACAGUGGAAAAAAGAUAUGAUAGUUGUUGAGAAGUGCGUAUCGGACGCAUUCACAAGUUGUACUUAUCCGAGUCUGGAAAAAAAGGAACGGCUUCGUUCAGCAGUAUUAGAUGUUUUUACUGAGACCAGAACCAUGAAAGAAUCUUCGAUAUUCUACAAUGUACCGUUCACUACUGUUCAGACGUAUUUUCAUAAGUCCUGCAAGUUGGUUGAGGAAGCGAUUCCGUUUGAUGACGGCCUGAGGGUUGAGGACAGAGCGAAAGUAAAAACUACCAAGCAGAGUAAUACUAUAGGUGACGUCCUUCAAAGAUUAAGUGGAAUCAAGUCUGAUGCCAUAAGUCCAGAAAUACCAGUUUCGGUCUCGAUUUCUCCGCAUUUAAGUGGAUCUAGUAAACGGAAGCCGAAAUUUGUGCGUCGUAUUGUAAGUAGCGAAGAACUUGAAGAUGAUGCGGGCGAAGAAUCUUUGUUUGAUUUUGAGCUAGAUACUCCCUUUCCAUUCGAUGCUUUUAAUUGUCAACAGGUUCUGAUGCUUACCGAUUUGGCUUCUAUGGCAAAUCCAUUAGUAAAUUCAGGAAGUCUUCAGGGUAUUGAAAUGUCGAUAGAUGGAGAUGUGGACGUUAGCGUAGUACCUGACUGGUGUAGAGAGAAAUUGGUAGCAUAUAUAGCGUCAGUAAGUGGUGUUUGUGAAGAAAUUCGCUGCCGCCUGAAAGCUGCCAUAAAUGACGUUUAUGCUGGCAAGAUGUCUCUUCAGGAUGCUUGUUUGACUCACAACCUUGGCUUCAAUUAUUUAUCAAACUACUAUGAGGCGUUUUUAACUCAGUUGCGAAAACAAGCAGCUUUCAUAAUGUCUGUACUCUCAGGAGGAUCUGUCGACGAAAUUUCCAACACACUUGGCCUUGGAGACUCAUCGAGAUUUUUAGAUGAGGCAGUUAUAAGGAGUGCCGAGUCGUUUGAAAAGAUGAAGGAACUUGUUUCUUUCGAGAAAAAGGAAGACGCUUUAAGAGGAACUUCCGACAAGGUGCUUGAAAAUGGGAGAGAAGGAAGCCAAAAAAGGCACAGGGAAAGGGAAAAAUAUGGUCCCCCUUUAGAUCCAGAAGAUAGUGAACGGCUUAAAGCAAUUGAGCAGGGAGUAAUUGAAGCUUGCAAACCGUCGACGUACAAUGAAUCUCAAAAGAAACGUCUUCACAUGGCCGUUUCAAUGGUCGUCCGUGGCGAGGGACCCGUAAGCGUUGCGGCAAAUCAGUCUCAUCUUCCUCCGUCCACUGUCCAGUUAUAUGCGCAGCGUACAAGGAUAGCACUUGGGUCUUUACUCCCACCACCAGCAGCUUCUGUUAGAAGGUCGCUGGUUUCUCAUGAGUUAAAUAGACCGUGGGCUGAAAAAAGUGUGGGUAGCGAAAAGAACUGGGAUAAAGAGUUGAAGAGGCAGAGUCCAGGUGAUUCGUUAGAGCUGAACGAAAAUCAAGAUUCUGACACUAGGAAAAGUUUUGUAGCGAACCGGGAUGACAGUAACAGCUAUUUUGAAUUGAAGGAUAUCCAGCAAAGAGCGGAUUCUUUAGGGACGUCGGCUUUGUCAGAUUUAGCUGUUCGAAUGCUGGCGAAGGUGGAUGUUACAACUGUGCUCUCUUCUGAACUGAAGUGUACCAAAGAGGAAUUGAUCCGGAAAAUUGAUGCGAUACUCCGCAAUUUUCACUACCCGAAUGAUUGCACAGUAAUGCGCGAUGCCUUGGUGGGCAUAUUUUUGGAAGGAAAAACUGUUGAUGAAGUAUGCCAUCUCAAUAAGUUAAAAGUGCAGGAAGUUGGCGCAUAUAUGGCCCUCGUGAAAGUCUAUUGUGAAAGUAAAAAACAAGAAUACCAAAGAGACAUUGAUAUCGAGCUGAACGAAGCACAAAGUCAAGGUUGUGACAGCCCUCGAAAGAAAAUGAGGAGAAGUACUUCCAGUUUGAGAUCUUCUGGUGAUUUGACAUUGCUGAACAACGAUGAGCCUGGAUUAACCCAUUCUAGUGAAGCCUCUUUAAAGUCACGGGAAGGUAGUAGCGAGUCAAGGGUACAAGGACACGAAAGUGGUUCUUUAGUGGACAAAGUUGACGUGAUGUUUCUCCAUUCAGAAACAGUUCUAAAUUCGGAAGAACUCUGUAUGAAAAGUGUAAUUGCGUAUUUAGUUCAGCAGCAGUAUCGUCGAUCUCAAAUAUCGCAAGAUAAGUUGCGUUUAUGCCUUGAAAAUGUUCUCCUAGACGGAUUACAAUUAAAAGAAACUCUUAUGUUGUUCAAGGGCUUGUCAGAACAUGUUAUUCAAGCAUAUGUCAUCCGCUGUAGAGAUGCUAAGAAUUGUAUCACCAAUGAAUUUCCGAUUUUUAUUUCUGAAUCUCUCAAGGCAUUAAAUGAAGUUGACUUUGCGAACCUUUGUUCAGAUGAUUCUUUUGUAAGUGCGACUCAAAAAUCUGAUACGUCAACUACCAGCAGUUCCACAUCCUGUUCGAGAACACAGAGGAAGAUGAAGAAGAAUGCUCUGUCUCCGGACUCAAAAGUCAUCCAAAUAGAUAGCGUUGCACGUCUUAACUUGGUUUUGACUGAAGAAGUUCUGGAACCGUUGAGGACUUAUAUUAAGAAAUUAAACGCUAUUAACUUUCCAAUUGACGAUACGUUAAAAGAGAGUUUGGCGAAGGUUAUUUUACAAAACACGCCUUCCCCAUAUAUACUAGAUGUUUCUGAUGACGUUUGGUCUAAGUGGGGAGAUAGUUACAAUGAAAGAAAACUCUAA